GGCGGGGACCGCGGACCUUCCUGGUGGCGCGGCAGCCGGGCGGCUCCUCCUUCCUCCCGGCCCUGGCGUGGAGCAGAGGGACACAGGUUCCCACGCUGGCGCCCGGCGACCGGGUGGGGCUGCGGCCGCUCAGGCCCAGCAGCUCCAUGGAGGACGCCGGCGAGGACCCCACCAUGUUUGCUGCCCACUCUCUGCCCAGUGACCCCCGUCUCUUGGCCACUGUGACCAACGCAUACCUGGGCACACGAGUGUUUCACGACACGCUGCACGUGAGCGGCGUGUACAAUGGGGCUGGCGGGGACACGCACCGGGCCAUGCUGCCCAGCCCCCUCAACGUCCGGCUGGAGGCCCCUGCAGGGAUGGGGGAGCAGCUGACCGAGACCUUUGCCCUGGACACCAACACAGGCUCCUUUCUUCACACCCUGGAGGGCCCCCGCUUCCGGGCCUCCCAGUGCAUCUAUGCGCAUCGCACGCUGCCCCACGUGCUGGCUUUCCGAGUGUCCAUCGCCCGCCUGGCCCCGGGGAGCGGGCCCAUCACGCUGCUCCUGCGGUCAGCCUUCUCCCCAGAAAGCCCAGACCUGGACCUGCAUCAGGGUCCUGACUUCCAGGGAGCCCGGUACCUGUAUGGCCACACCCUCACCCCUGAGCAGCCCGGGGGGCCACAGCAAGAGGUACACAUGCUGUGGACACCAGCACCCCCAGACCUGACCCUUGGGGAAGGUGAGGAGGCUAGGACGUGGGACUUCCUGACGGCGGUGGGCGGCAGCCAGGCUGAGGCUCAGGCCUGCCUCACUGAGGCCCUGCAGCUGCAGGCCAGGGGAGCUCUGUACACGGCUCACGCACAGGCCUGGGCCCAACUCUGGGUAGAAUGUGGCUUGGACGUGGUGGGGCCCCUGCCCCUGCGCCAGGCCCUGCGUGGCUCCCUCUACUACCUGCUCAGUGCCCUGCCCCAGCCCAAGGCCCCAGGAUACAUCUGCCAUGGCCUCAGUCCUGGGGGCCUCUCCAAUGGGAGCCGUGAGGAAUGCUACUGGGGCCACGUCUUCUGGGACCAGGACCUCUGGAUGUUCCCGAAUAUCCUGAUGUUCCACCCAGAAGCCGCCAGGGCCAUCCUGGAGUACCGCAUCCGCACGCUGGACGGGGCCCUGGAGAACGCCCAGAACCUGGGCUACCAGGGAGCCAAGUUUGCCUGGGAGAGUGCAGACUCCGGCCUAGAGGUUUGCCCCGAGGACAUUUACGGAGUCCAGGAAGUCCACGUCAACGGGGCCGUGGUGUUGGCCUUCGAGCUGUACUACCAUACCACCCAGGACCUGCAGCUAUUUCGAGAGGCUGGUGGCUGGGACGUGGUCAGGGCUGUGGCCGAGUUUUGGUGCAGUCGUGUUGAGUGGAGCCCCAGGGAGGAGAAGUACCACCUGAGGGGAGUCAUGUCCCCCGACGAGUACCAUUCAGGGGUCGACAACUCUGUGUACACCAACGUCCUGGUCCAGAACAGCCUGCGCUUUGCUGCUGCCCUGGCCCAGGACCUGGGUCUGCCCAUCCCCAGCCAGUGGCUGGCAGUGGCUGACGAGAUCAAGGUACCCUUUGACGUGGAGCAGAACUUCCACCCGGAGUUCGACGGGUAUGAGCCUGGAGAGGUGGUGAAGCAGGCAGACGUCGUGCUCCUGGGAUACCCAGUCCCCUUCUCCCUGAGUCCUGAUGUUCGCAGGAAAAAUCUGGAGAUUUACGAGGCUGUGACGUCCCCCCAGGGCCCCGCCAUGACCUGGAGCAUGUUUGCUGUGGGCUGGAUGGAGCUGAAGGACACAGUGCGGGCCCGGAGCCUCCUGGACAGGAGCUUUGCCAACAUGGCUGAACCCUUCAAGGUGUGGACGGAGAAUGCAGACGGGUCAGGCGCUGUGAACUUCCUGACAGGCAUGGGGGGCUUCCUGCAGGCGGUGGUCUUCGGGUGCACGGGGUUCAGGGUCACCCGAGCGGGUAUGACCUUUGACCCUGUGUGUCUGUCGGGGAUCUCCAGAGUGAGCGUCUCCGGCAUCUUCUACCAGGGGAACAAGCUCAACUUCUCUUUUUCCGAGGACUCCGUGACCGUGGAGGUCACAGCUCGAGCAGGGCCCUGGGCUCCUCACCUGGAGGCUGAGCUGUGGCCAUCCCAGUCCCGGCUCUCCCUGUUGCCAGGACACAAGGUCUCCUUUCCCCGCUCGGCUGGCCGGAUACAAAGGUCACCCCCGAAGCUGCCUGGAAGUUCCAGCUCCGAGUUCCCUGGGAGGACUUUUUCAGAUGUUAGGGACCCGCUCCAGAGCCCCGUCUGGGUCACCCUGGGUUCCUCCAGCCCCACCGAGUCACUCACUGUGGACCCUGCCUCUGAAUAAUCAGGAACGGUGGCUUCAGAGACGUCUCUUGGGCCUUCCCUCUGGCCACGUCUGCACCCACCCCUCCUGGGCACCCUCCUAGCCUGCCAUCCCUCACCUGCAGCCAGGCUCUCAGGGAAGGUCCAUGCUGCUUGGCCUGAGUUCAAGGCUUUCUGCCUGUAGCCUGGACUCCCGUGGACCCCCGUGGGCAGGUGGCUUCCCCGUGGCAUCCCCACACCGCCUCUGCCUGCCCCUGUGGACUGAUGCUAUCGCGCACCGUCCCACGGCCCCACCCCAAGCUCCUGAAGCCGGGGUCUGAGCCUGCAUCACCUCUGGCCUCUCAUCCCCCACUCUCCUGAGAGCCAGGGUCUGAGCCUGCAUCACCUCUGGCCUUUCAUCCCUGAGCCUGCAUCACCUCUGGCCUCUCAUCCCCCACUCUCCUGAGAGCCAGGGUCUGAGCCUGCAUCACCUCUGGCCUCUCAUCCCUGAGCCUGCAUCACCUCUGGCCUCUCAUCCCUGAGCCUGCAUCACCUCUGGUGUCUCAUCCCCCACUCUCCUGAGAGCCAGGGUCUGAGCCUGCAUCACCUCUGGCCUCUCAUCCCUGAGCCUGCAUCACCUCUGGCGUCUCAUCCCUGAGCCUGCAUCACCUCUGGCCUCUCAUCCCUGAGCCUGCAUCAGCUCUGGCGUCUCAUCCCUGAGCCUGCAUCACCUCUGGCCUCUCAUCCCUGAGCCUGCAUCACCUCUGGCGCCUCAUCCCUGAGCCUGCAUCACCUCUGGCAUCUCAUCCCUGAGCCUGCAUCACCUCUGGCCUCUCAUCCCUGAGCCUGCAUCACCUCUGGCGUCUCAUCCCCCACUCUCCUGAGAGCAGUGGUCACAGCGGCUGGCCACUCUGCUGAGAAGGCAGAGAGGCAGGCGCAGGCCUCAGCGUGGACAGCAGGGAUAAGGGGCAUGAAGGACGGGGACUCGGCCCCUUCAGAAUUCCUCAGGACUCUCAGGUGCAGCUUUGCCAAAAAGGAACUUUUCAUGUCAUGCAGUUGAGGGGACUUAGUCUCAAUCCCAGGCUCCUCUUGACUCUGGGCAGCUUUAAUCAGGUUGGGCAGCCUCUGCUACAGCGUGGGGUGGGAUGGCUCUCUUCCCUCAGCCACGCCGCUUGUGAGGACAGAGGUGGGGGAGUGGGAAGUGGGAAGUCACCAGAGAACAAGAGAGGGAUUUGAGGGCGAGACCCCAGCGCUCUCCACGGACCAGCCAGAGGGACUGGAGCCAGGUGUGCAUGGGUUCAAGGCCCUGGCCCUGCCCAGCCUCUGUCUUGGGAGCUCAGCCCCAGGGUUGGGUCGUCAGCAGUUUCCCAAGAACAAGAUGUGAUGGCAUCUGCUGCUGAAACCCUGAUGAGGACCAGGCCCCCUGCACCGCUGUCAGCCUGAGGAAUUAAAGCUUUGGUGCUGGGAAGAGCAUUA